AUCUCAGUCAAUCCCCCCGGCCCCAAUUUCCACAGGCAAAUAACGAUACGGCCGAAAUGCCCUCAACAACCACCCCACACCCCGCGCAACGCGCCGUCGAACCCCACCCAACCCCGCCCCUCGACCCAAGCACGCACCAACCCUCCUACGCCCCGGACCCGGCCGCCUCCCUGCCCCUGACCCCACCCCGCCAGGCCAUCCAGCGCCACAUCCUGAAUCUGUACGGCGGCAGCGCCGCCGCCGCCGACAUGCAGGUCUACGCCGAGCAAGCCGUGUACGACGACCCGCUCAGCUACUGCGACACGCGCCACAAGAUCGCGGGCCAGUGGUACGGGAUCCCGCGGCUGUUCGCGCGGUCGGAGACGCUGGCCACCGAGGUGGUGGCCUCGUCCGACGACGAGCUGGUCUGGAAGCAGCGCCAGCGGUACACGGUGGCCGGUCUGCAUGCGUCCAAGGUGGUUGACAGUCUGGUGAGUCUGCGGCUGGAGCCGUCCGCCGGCGGUGGUGAUGGCGAGAAGGUGGUGUAUCAUAAGGAUAUGUGGAAUGAGAAGGAUUAUGACCAUGCGGGGUUUGGGGCGUGGGUGAAGAAGUUGAAUGGGGAUAAGUUGACGCAUGUUACGAAGCCGCCGGAGGAGAUUUAGGGGUGGAUUCGGUACUGGAGGGGGAGGUUG